AUGAGAGUACUUCAGGGUAACCUGUAUAGGAGCAGGACGGCGCAUCACCUUCUAGCCCAGCUUUGCUCUGAGAAAAAAGCUGAUGUUGUUCUAAUCAGCGAACAGCACCAGGACAGGGCAGGAGUAGGAUGGUACGCAGACAAAUUAGGCACCGCGGCCAUCUGGAUCCCAGAUCCCCGACUAAUACAUGUGUCGGACCAAGGAUCCGGACGCAGUUACGUUUGGGUGAGACAUAACUCGACGACUUAUGUCAGUGUAUAUCUCACUCCGAACGACCGGAUAGACGACUUCCAGAUCAAACUGGACGAUCUGGAAGACGCGCUGCGGGAAAUGCAAGGAGAUCUCAUUGUGGCUGGAGACCUCAAUGCCAAAGCUCUCGAAUGGGGGGAGGUCAGGCCGGACUCCAGAGGAAGACGUAUCAUGGAGGUGGCGUCGAGACUGGAGCUAUCAGUACUCAACACAGGUUCGACGUUAACAUUCCGCAGGCCUGGCUACAGAGAGACGAUCCCGGAUGUCUCUCUAGCCAGCGAACACCUUGUGGCAAGAGUCGCUGGCUGGCAGGUGAUCGAAGAUUAUACCGGGAGCGAUCAUAAGUACAUCCUAUUCGAUGUACAUGAUAGGAGGCCAGCCGUGACAAGUGUAAAGCGACCCCCCCGGAGGAACAUUACAAGAAUGUAUCGAGAGAGGCUGUCUUCGGUCAUAGAGGAAGGAUGGAGAUCCCAACAAAGUACUUCCUCGAGUCUAUCGCCACCCGCACAGGCCAGCACAACGAGCGAAGAGACGCGACCACGAUGCUGUUCCUUUAGCCGCCGACUAUCAAGCGGCCAAGAAAGCCCUAAAGAGGACCAUCAAGACCAGUCAACGACCGUGCUGGUAGGAGCUGUGCCUGGAUGUCGACCAGAAUCCGUGGGGAUUAAGGUACUUCAUCGUCACUCGCAAGCUGGGGACUAA